AUGGGCAACCAGCUCUGCACAGCGACAGAGGUGAGAGACGUGCUGACCGAUGUCACCAGCCUCCAAGAGAUGAAGAAGAAGGGCCCCAGCAGCACGGAGUGGACGGUGCUGCUACGCAAGUCUCCAGGCUCUUCCUUGGGGAUGGACGUGGAUCUCUUCGAAGGCACAGCUUUGAUCGUGUAUGUGGUCUGUGCCACCGGCCUCCUGGCAGACUGGAAUGCGGCCAAUCCCAGCAAGGUGGUCCAGAAGGGAGACCGCAUUCUGGAGGUCAAUGGAAAGCGAGGGGAUGCCUGGGCCAUGGCACAUGCAUGCAUUGACGAUGCAGAGCUCAAGAUGGUUGUGCAGAGAGUGGGCAACUGCACACUCAAGUUCUGA